AUGCAGUAUGCAAACGGUACCGUGUGGGUAAAUUAUCGCAUCAAACUGACCGGACCGUGCGAAAAGGAUUUGAAAACGUUUCCAAUCGAUCGUCAGCGAUGCUUCUUGACAUAUGAAAGUUUCACGUACAACGCCGCCGAGGUGAAACUGAAGUGGAUCGAUUUCCAACCGAUUUCGCUCCUUAAAGAAAUACGACUUCCUGACUACAAACUUACUGAAUACGACGCUCUUCAAGUCGAAAGGAGACGGUACGGAUUUUACAUUCUUCAAGCAUACGUGCCUGCGUACUUGGUUGUUCUCAUCUCAUGGAUAUCGUUUUUUCUGGGAACGGAUAUGAUUCAACCGAGAACAUUGCUUGGGGUUCACUCAUUGCUUGCACUAACUUAUCAAUUUGGCACCGUUCUCGCAGACCUUCCAAAAACUUCAGAUGUGAAAGCGAUCGAUGUUUGGAUUUUAUGCUGCAUGGCUUUCAUCUUCUGUUCGUUGCUUGAACUAGCUAUUGUUGGAUACCUCUCGCGCGAAGAAACGGAACACGCAAUUAGGUGCCGGUGCUCGUGGCUUUGCAUUGAAUGUCCACUGCUUACGCCAGAGCGAAUCGAUAACCUGUCAGUGGUGCUUUUUCCAAGUGCAUUUGUAUUGUUCAACGUCUAUUACUGGGGAUUUUUCAUAGGAUGA